CGGAUUGUAGUACUACCCGAAGAUUUGUAAACACGCAUUGGAGCACUAUUCACCUUCCCACGUGUAGUCGAGUGUAAUUCGCUGAAUAUCAGCGGACAACACAAUAAGACCAUGACAGCCAAUACCUCUGCUAAUGUUGAUGUGAUCAUUGACACUGGGGAUCGGGAAAUCCCCGAAUGUCCUCAUGGCCCAGCCUUGCUGUUUGUACGAUAUGAAAGAGGAAGCUCGUCUAGCAAGUUCUUUGCCUGUUCAGCCUUCAGAGACAGGAAGGAGUGUAGCUUCUUCCAAUGGGAAAGUGAAAAACUGUCUGAGGAAAAAAAGAAAAUCCGCCAGGAUAUAAAUUCAAAACAACAGUUAAAGUUUUCCCAUCAAGAAGCUUAUGAUAGAUUUUCUAAAUUUAAGGAACAAAGCAUCUCAAGCCGUGAACUCUGUCAGACUUGCGGAAUGUUCCUGUUGCCAGGAGAACUAGAAGGUCACAAAGGUCACAGGAUAAAAUCACCAAUCACAGAGGAAAUGUUGGAGAAACCCACCCAAUUAUUUUUACCUUUAGAUAAUAACAAAACUUUUGCUCAAUACCUGUUUUCUGCUCCUGCUGUUGAUUUUACUCUCAAGACUUUAGAAGAUUUGUCGUUUACUCACAUAAUCUGUGUAGGGGCACCAAGAAUAUUUGAAGCUAUAGAGUUAAAGAAAGAUUCCAAUGUUAAAGGAUUACUACUGGACUUGGACCAUAGAUAUCAGCAGUUGUAUCCAGCUUCCAAGUUUUGUCGCUACAACAUGUUUAACCACCAUUUCUUUGAUGGUCAGAAGAGUGACGAUGUCUUUGGACAGUUCAUAUCGGAGGAGGGUGGUAAACGUGUUGCCAUGGUGAUGGAUCCUCCGUUUGGUGGUAUGGUGGAGGCACUUGCAGCAACUUACAAUAAAAUCAGUCAGCAAUGGAAGACACUUUCAGACAAGCCACAGGAUACUGAUCUGCCGAUUCUGUGGUUUUUCCCAUAUUUUAUGGAGAAGAGGAUCAAGGAGAGUCUCCCUAAAACAUUCAUGUUAGACUACAAGGUUGACUACGACAAUCACAUGUUAUUCCGAGGUGACAUGAAGAAGCAAGGUUCUCCAGUGAGAAUAUUCACCAAUCUGUCACCAGAGUCUGUGAUCCUCCCCGCCUCUGAGGGAUACUGGUACUGUAAGGUGUGCUCGAGAUACUCUGCUAAAGAAAACCUCCACUGUGAUGUCUGUGACUCCUGUCCUUCAAAGGAUGGGAAGACAUACAAGCACUGCUUUAAGUGUGAUCGGUGUGUGAAGCCGUCCAAACAACACUGUGAUACGUGUAAGAUGUGUCAGCGACAGGACCACAGAUGUGGUCAGUCUUUGUCCAACGGAUGUCACAUAUGUGGAGCUCUUGAUCAUAAAAGAAGAAAUUGUCCGAAACAGGGUUCAAGUUCAACAAAAAGAGGAGCACCAGAACACAACUCUUCAAACAGACAAAAGCGAAAGAGAAAGAAAUGAUGAGGUUUUUAAUAAGUUAAACAUAGACAAUAAAGAAAGUUUCAAUAGAA